AUGCAAAAAAGGACCACUCCAGCAGGUACCAUCGUUGAUUGUCCAACCAGCAUUGAAGUUACAAUGAUUACAGUUACAGCCAACAUUCUGAGACAAACACUCUUUGGAUUGUCCAUCAAUAUCAUUAAUAAUUCGACUUUUUAUGAAACUAAUUUGUGGGCAAUGGCUUAUCAACCUCGAUUGGCUCCACUCUAUUUUGAAUUAUUUACAGAUAUUGAUUUUAAUACGACAGAAUCAUCUACUUCUACUUCUCUCACCAUGAAUAAUACAUCUAAUAAUGAUAAUAAUACUAAUAAUAAUAGUAGAGGUAUUAGAGGUAUUGCUGAAGAUAGUAGUACAGUCAAUGUUGAGGCAGGAGAGGUCAGAAGAAUUGCCCUCGUAGGUCAGCAAUUGGUUAUCAAUUCCACAACAAAUAUUGGAAUGAAUGAUGGUAUUAUUAUUAAUGAACCACAAAUGAAAAAUCCACUCACUGACUAUGUCUAUAUUAAACCGGUGAGAAUAAGAAAGGCAUUCUUUGGUACUGAGUUUACUGUGCAGGCGAAAUUGGAGGAUUUACUUCGUUCUGCAUUGGAACAUCCAAUGGAUGAGGGUGAUAGGGUUGAAAGUGUUCCAACGCUAAGUGAAUUAUUGGUUUCGAAUUUGGGAACUCAAUUCGAAUUCAAGGUUUAUGCUUCUAAAAAUUCUCAAGUUCAAUUUCCACUUCCAACGAAUGUAAUCUUUGGAGAUAGCAAUGUAUUUUUUGAAGAUACUGUUUCCCUAAAUUCUGAUCUUGAAGAUCCAACACUGACCAUGCAGAGAAGAGUUGUCAGUGCCAACUAUGCCAUCUCUACAUUGGUUGUAGUUGUGAAUGGAAUCACUGGAUUGAUUAUUCUCUUCUUUUUAAUUUAUUUCAGGAAAACUGAACCUAGAGCUUCGAGAGGAUAUUUGCCAUACCUUGUACUCUUCCAGGUUGUUAUUAAUUUUUGUAGAGUUUUGUUGCAAUCGUUUUGGGGAGAAGAAUACUUGCUCAUGAUAUUUACAUUCAUAACAUUUGGUUUACUCAGUGGAUCUUAUCUGAUCUAUUUUAUGAAUACUCUCUUCUUCUUUUAUAAGAGAAAGGUCUAUGCUGAAAUGUACAACAAACUGAAACGUGAAUCAUUUGAGAGGAAGAAUCAAUCAAGUGGAUCUUCAUCCCUUGCUCAACUCAAUAACUCUCCUUCAAGUUCAGGGUCUAAUGACAAACCAAUUGGAGAGAGAAAGGGAUCCGAUGCCAGCUCACUCAAUACUUCAGAAAAAGCUAAGCAGUUAACAUUCCGUUGGGCUAGAUCCAAGAAGGUCAAGAUUUUCACAGUAACCUUUAUGGCUAUUGUCUUGAUUAUUAUCUACUCGAUCAUUAUUCCUCUCCUUUUUACUGUUCCAGCUCCGAAUGUUUUGAUUGCCAUUCAAGCAAUUGGUGGCUUAUUGGUUGCAUUUGCAGUCUUCUUGGUAAUUGUUGCCUUUAGUAUUGAUAUAGUGGCCAAUAAGAAACUCAUAUUAGGCUGUAAAUUGAAGGCAUACUUUGUGAGAAAUGACAGACUCUACUAUAGAUUGGAAAUGCUUGUUCACAUCAUUUCAAUUGUCUUUUAUGUUUCUAUGGGUGUGGUUAGAUCCAUUGCCAUGUCCAGAACUGACGAUAUGGUCGUUCUCCUCUCCAAUACCUAUGCUCCUUCUGUCAUUUUGGCCACAUUUGUUGCAUUGCCACUUGAAUUGAUCGCCAUCUUUUUGGAACUGAUGGCCUCUGGUGGUGGAUUCAUUUGUCUCAUGACACUCUAUGAGAGAAUUCGUUUGAGUAAUCAGUGUGCUGAAGGAAUUGGAUUUUUGUUCGAUAGAUAUGCCGAUCACAAUGAUGAUAACCUUAAAGAAACAAGUAUUGAACUUGAUGCAGGUGAAAUUAUCAAAUUUAGAACAAUUAGAAACUCUCCAUAUCUUGACUUGUUGGGAGAUGAAUUGGCCAGAUUAUUCAUUGAUGAGAAGGGAUUUGAACUCAUUAGACAAUACGCUAAAACUGAAUUCUCCAUUGAAAAUCUUGCAUUUAUCAGUGAUAUGGAAAAGGUCUAUACUCAAUUAUUCAUGGCUGUAGCUCGUCCUAGAUCCAUAACUGGUAAAUCACCAUCCUCAGAUCGCCCAUUCUAUCGUCCACUAUUGAAACAAAAUUUAACAGAGGAAGAAAUUGCCAAGGCCACAACAGAACUCAGAGAAAACAUUUACAACACAUACAUUCCUGAUAAUGCUCCAAUGACUGUCAAUUUGUCAAGUUUUUCUAAGACUAUUUUCAACAAGUGGGCUGCCAAGGAUUUCUUCACUGAUGACUAUCUCAAGAGCGAAUAUUUUGUCAAUGAUUUGGAUAUUGUCAUUUCAGAGGUUGUGAAGAAUUUGAGAGAUACCUUCCGUCGUCUCCAGCUCACUGCCGAAUAUAAGGAAUGGUUUGAGAUUGUUAAGAAGAAUUCAGUUUCACUUCAGGCCAUUCAAAAAGCAAAGGCCCUUACCAAAUCCUCGAAUAGUAAUUUAGCAACUAUUCCACCAUCUACAACCUUAAAUGGUCAUGGUCACAUCAAUGGACACACAGUCCAACCCUCUCAAACUCCAACCACUCCAACACCACUCCAUAACACCUCACCAGGUGGCACUCCAAUCAUUGUUGUCACUCCAGCAGCAGAUAAUGAUAAGGACACUGAGCUUAAUACCAUUCCAACAACAAACAAUUCCAAUAUCACCACCACACAGCCACUACACUACCAACAACAUUGGUUCUUCCCAGAGCAUUCAAAUACUUGA